GGUUCUAUCAGACGUAAACUAAACGGCAAAUUUGAUAAUCAGGAUCAGAUAAUAUUUAGCAAGAUUUGCAGACCUACUUUUGUUGUAUUCCUGUCAUGUUUAAAGAAUGGUAUUCGACAUUCUUUGAUCUGAAGAGAAUGAAACCGGCAAAGAAGUCAAAGGUUGCAAGUUGUUCUCAACACUAAAAGAUCGUCAUAUUUGUGCUCAAGGCUUUCCAUCAAAGAAAGUUUCCAGUUCAUAUGUAACUAUCAAUAGUCGGAUUUAAUACACAGGCAGAUCUUUUGAUUACGAGAACAAAUCCGGCAUAUACAGCAAACAACCAGUCGCUAUGACUUUCUUGGAAGAGGGAAAUUGUAGUAUGAGUAAGUGUGAUUAUGAAAUGGCAAUUGAACACUACGAAAGAUGUUUGAAUGUUGCUAACGAGAAUAGCCUGAAAACGAUAGCAUAUUUUAGUCUUGGUAACGCUUAUACCCUCUCUAAUAAACGGAAGAAAGCAAUAAACUGCUUUAAUGAUUGCUUGAAUCUUUCUUCUGAACUGGAAAUUAAAUAUUUUCAACAUCAAAUAUACCUCGGGUUGGGGAGUAUCCAUUGUACCACUAAAAGAUUGGAGGAUGGCAUAAAGAAAGAUGAAAUGGAUUGUCUCUGCGAUAUUGCAUUAGGAGGAUUGAAUAAGUUGUUUGGAAAUUAUGAGAAAUCUCUGGAGCAUUAUUGGAAAGGAUUCUCUUUUAUUGAUUGUGAACACCAAGAAGAAAAAAUGCAACCUCGACAACGGAAAGAAAAUCAACAAGGAAAUCAACAAGAACAAAAUAAACGGCGUGAACGACCGCGACGACCAAGAAAAGUUGGUGGUAUUAACGUUAGUAAAGAUUUCGUCAACCUUAACAUGAAGAAUUUGUCAAUUGUUACUUCAGCUGGAAUUCUCAGUGGAGUGUUGGCUGUUUUAUGGGAAUUAGCAGAAUUGUUUGAUAAACUUGAGCAAUAUAGGGAAGCAGCAGAUAUUUAUGAAAUGUAUCUGGAGAUUGUCACAGAAGAUGAAAAUAUAGAAAAACAAGAGAACGCUAUGAAAUAUCUGAUACAAAUAUAUGAAGAAGAAGGACGUGAUUUCUUAAAGGAUUCUAUGACAACGAGAUUACAAGAAUUUCGUGAAAGAAAAAAGAACCAAGAAUUGCAGCUGCAUGAAUGGAAAUACAAUGAUAAAUCGACAAAACAUAAAGAAUUGUUUCUAAAAUUAAUUGAGUAUGGGAAAGACCCUAAUGUUGAGGUUAAACAUGUGGACGAUGUACGUGUAAUUUUCUCAGAAGAGUUUUUACUUGGCAAAGGAAGUGAUGGAACCCGUGUUUAUCUUGGACUGGGAAAGGAUGGUUACGGUAAAGCAGUGAAACGAAUUCUUCGUGAUACUUAUUUGGCACAGCAUGAAGAAAAAAUUUUUAAUGAAAUCAAUGCUAAGAAGUCGGAUUAUGUGCUAAAUUAUUAUUGCUCUAGACAAGAUACAGGAACAGAAUAUGUCGAUUUGAUUCUCGAUCUAUGUGAAGAAUCGUUGGAGCGUUUUGUGCUAUCCGAAUCAAAUAGUUUAGAUUAUCUUCAAAAAUCCCUUCCCGACAUUUUGAAGCAGAUAUUGAACGGCUUAGCUGAUCUUCAUAGCGGUCCACGUCCCAUUCUUCAUCGAGAUUUGAAACCUUCCAAUGUUCUCCGAGACACACAAGGCAAAUUUUUGAUAGCCGAUUUUGGUAUUAGUCGAAUUUUGAAGAAUGACUCUCAGACAUAUGUAAGCGAUGCUAAUAGAGGAACUCAGCAUUGGAUUGCCCCUGAAUCUUAUAUUGUUGAUAAAAAAAUAUUUGAUAAAGCACGUUACAAAACAAAGUCUGAUGUAAUGAAUGCAGGAAUGGUGGCUUACUUUGUUGCAACAAAAGGAAAACAUCCUUUUGGGACUAAAGAGUUCAUACUUAAAAAUUUGUUGGAUGGAAACCCUGUUGGCUUAAAGGAAAUAAACGAUGCUUCACUUGAAGAUCUUCUAUCAUGGAUGCUACUGGUAAAACCCGAACUACGACCAAAUGCCGACGAGGCGUUAAAACACCCUUAUCUACAAUCCGAUGAAGAGAAGUUUAACAUGCUGUGUGAUAUGGGGAACCAACAGGAAAUGAAACAAUCACAAGGUCAAAGUUCUUCAAAUUCAGAUGUUGUUGCGCAAUUGUAUGCUCCCAUGGAAUGGAUGACGCGUAUCGAUGAUGAAGUCUUGAAAGAUUUCAAAACCUUUAAAAAGAAUGGCAAAAAGAAAACUCCGACUUACGAGCCUACAUGGGCAAGUUGUUUAAGAUUGAUAAGAAGAGUGAAUGAGCAUUGGAACGAUAAACCUCGUACACAUCUGUUGCGUUAUGUCAAGGUAGGCAACUAUAUAGACUAUUUCUUGCAACGUUUUCCUGAACUGCCUCUUCUGGUGCACAAAAUCAUAAGGUCGACUGACUGGAAAACAAGACCUGAUCUCAAGAAACAUUUUACGAGUACCAAGUUGGUUGAACAACUUGAAGAAAUCAAUGGAAAGAAAAGUGAAGACAUAAAUGAUGAUAUGGAUCUUGACGUAGAAAUUGAAAGAGUAAAUGGAAGGAAAAACAAAGAAAACCCAAGUCAUGACGGUAUUUGAUAGCAACAAACUUAUUUGUGUGUGUGGAGGGGGUCUAUUGUGCAUUGUUUUCGUGGAUUAGUUUGAAGUGGUUUGCUUUUAUCAUUUGUUCAUUUGUUCAAAGUUGUGAAUAAGUCGUUUGUACGUGCCUGUAAUUGUUGUG